AUGGGGUGGGAGGUGGGAAAUGACAAAGAAUGUGAAAGCCCCUGCCACUCGCCCGCUGGCGUGCGGCUGGAGCUGGACAGGGCACGGGUUUGGGAUGCAGCACCUGGUAAUCAUGAUUCUACUUCCUGUGUCUCUGAAUUCGACUAUUGCAGUUUCCAAAGCAAGAAAGAUGAAGAGACAGAAAAAAGUCCUUGUACAGAUGCUAAUGGAGGUGAAGAUUGUUUAGCUGCUAAUGCGGAGACAAACAAUUCAGGAGACCAACAAAAGACUAUCCUAACACCAAUCACGGACUUAAACGCACCCAUGAGGCCUGGCAUUCUUGUCCAGAGACGGAGUAAAGAAGACACACCCUUAGAAAACAAAGAGAACAUAGAAGAGAAGGAGGACAAAACAAAAGAGAAGCAAGAGCCUAAGAAUGCUGGAGGAAAUGGUGAAGAGGAGAUCGCCUUAUCUCCUCCCAAGGACCAGGAUGAAGAUUUGCAAAAACCACCUACACCUCUCACUAGAACUCCUUCAGGUGUUGAAAACCACAAAAGACCUUUAAAAGGAGUGACAUUUUCUAGGGAGGUAAUUGUUGUGGACCUUGGGAAGGAAUACCCGAUACCUCGAAGCUAUACUCGAGAACAUAAAGAGAGAAAAUGAGCUCAGAAAAGGCUGAGAGUGAAAGAAAUGUAAACUUAGACUAACAAUGAAAUGACUGGGGGUACAAGAUCAUGUUGAAACAGCAAAAUAUGGGGAAUUAAGCAAAUACAAAUAGUAUUUUACCUUUGUGCAGAAAGAAGUGAGCUACAUGCAAAAUUCUGUAAGUAAAAUACCCAGAGCUUGAAUAUAGUUUUUUUUAAAAUUCAAA